AUUCUGCUGCAAUCCAAGCAACCAUUGUCAAGAGAUUUUGAUGUGUAACAUGUGCAUUGCUAUCAUUUAUAUUGUGUUCAGGUGAAACGACUCUUAGGCAAGCCGCACGGCCGCCUCCUUCUCCAGCGCCCCUCUCUCCAGCUCCCUUCUCCAGCGCCCCUCUCCCACUGCUGCCCAUUGCUGCCAUGGCCAUGCUGCCCCCAUGACCUAGCUCGCCCGCCUCUACCACCGGUAACGGUAAGACCCUGUCCUCCUUCCGUUCCCACCGUCUAGCUAGCCCGUCUCUCCCAAACCCCUUCUUUCAUAAGCCGACUAGAUAGAGUUAGGGUAGAAUGGGUGGGACAGGCGCGUGCACAUGGCCAUAGGAGUUGGGGAAGACGACGAUGUUGAUAGCUGCUAGAGGAGGAGAGAGAGAAAGAGAGAGAGAGAGAGAGCAUGUGUUGCGGUGGGGAAAAAGAACAGUGCUAAGCUAGUUGAACCCACCAUAUGUGGCGCGCUGGGAGGGAGCUGGGGGAAGGUGGGCAUGUGCUGUACCAGAAAAACGGCCGGCUGUUAAGUAAUUACCAUAUCAAAAACUAGUUUAGGCCCUAUUUUGAUAUAAAAUAUUUUUAGAGUUUUAGAAAAAUACCAUGGUUUUGUGAAACACUAGUUUUAAAGUGCCUUGAAGUGUUUGAGUGCAACAAAGUUUAUAGUUUUAAAUACCAAGAUAUUGUUGAAACUAUAGUUUUUUUUGAGUUAUAUAAACUCCACUUUAGACCUCUUUUUUCUAGAUCACAGUUUUGCACGUCAAUGUUUCUGAAACUACUAUUUCUUAAUACUACAGCAUCCAAACAGGGUCUUUGUUGUAUUCAUCCUUAGAUUGUCAAAUUAGUUGUAUUCUUCCUUUGAUCAUCGGAAGGAACAUGUAGGGACCACGGCAGCCGCAAGUGCAUAGGUGGCCUACAUUUAGAUUGGUGUGCACCAUUAGAUCUAAAGACAACAAAUCAUCCAAGGGUCUAGUAGCAAACAUUCAGGUUUUGGUUCAUUUGCUUUUUAAUUAAUGGUAGAGAUAUAUUUACAUUUUCUUUGUACUUGCGUUUUGAGUUAUCUAAACACCCCCCUCCUAAAAAUCCUCUUCCUUUAUAAACAAACAGCCACUGCCCCUUCCAUCUGAUCCACUAAAAGUCUAAAACAAACUAACCAACAAAUACAAGCAACAAAACGGCACCCGCCACCAUGGCGCCGUCCUCCUCCUGCCACGCCGCCGCCGUCCUCCUGCUCGCCGUCGCCACCCUAGCGUGCCAUUUCAGUGUCCUCGUCGUAGCCACCGACGUCGAGUGCCAUUGCCACGGCGCGAACGGGAACGGGUGCCGCGGCCUCGGCAUCAACUACGGCACGGUGGCCGACGACCUCCCCUCGGCAUCGCGCUCCGUGCAGCUCCUCCGCGCGACGGGCGCGGGCGCCGUGAAGAUCUACGACGCCAACGCGGACAUCCUGCGCGCGCUGGCCGGGACGGGGAUGCCGGUGUCGAUCAUGGUGCCCAACUCCGCCAUCCCGUCGCUGGCCUCCUCCCGCGCCGCGGCGGAGGACUGGGUGGCGGCCAACCUCGCGCCGCACAUCCCGGCGACUCGUGUGGCGUACCUGCUCGUCGGCAACGAGGUGCUCUCGAACCGCGCCAUCGCGGGGUCCACGUGGCGCAGCGUCGUGCCGGCGAUGGCGAACCUCCACCGCGCCCUCCGCGCGCACGGGAUCCGCAAGGUCAAGAUCGGGACGACGCUCGCCAUGGACGCGCUGUCGGCGUCGUACCCACCGUCCGCCGGCGCGUUCCGCGACGACAUCGCCGAGGACGUGGUCCGGCCGCUGCUCCGGUUCCUGAACGCCACCGGGUCCUACUACUUCGUCGACGCGUACCCGUACUUCGCGUGGUCAGGCAACCGCAACGCCAUCUCCCUCGACUACGCGCUGUUCCAGGGCGCGGCGAGCUCGCGCUACGUGGACCCGGGCAACGGGCUCGUCUACACUAACCUGCUCGACCAGAUGCUCGACGCGGUCGUCGCCGCCAUGGGCAGGCUCGGGUACGGGGACGUGAAGCUGGCGGUCUCGGAGACCGGGUGGCCGAGCGGCGGCGACGCGGGAGAGGCCGGCGCCAACGUGCGCAACGCCGCCACGUACAACCGGAACCUGGCCGCGCGGAUGUCCAAGAACCCCGGCACGCCGGCGCGGCCGGGGGCCAAGGUGCCGGUGUUCCUCUUCUCGCUCUACAACGAGGACCAGAAGCCGGGGGCCGGCAGCGAGCGCCACUGGGGGCUCUACUACCCGAACGGGAGCAGGGUGUACGAGGUGGACCUCACCGGCCGGCGGUCGUCGUACCCGCCGCUGCCGCCCGCGGACGACACGGACAGCGCGCCGGCGUGGUGCGUGCUCGGCAGCAAGGCGGCGGCGAACGAGACGGCGGUGGCGGCCGCGGUGGCGUACGCGUGCCAGCAGGGGAGCGGGACGUGCGCCGCCAUCCAGCCCGGCGGCGCGUGCCACGAGCCGGACAUGAUGGACGCGCACGCGAGCUACGCGUUCAACGCAUACUGGCAGCAGUUCAGGGGUGCCGGCGGCACCUGCUUCUUCGAUGGGCUCGCGGUGACCACCACCAAAGAUCCAAGCCAUGGAUCAUGCAAGUUCGCCAGCUCUCUGGACUAGACGACGAUGACGCGAAGGUGGAAGGCCAUCGCCCGCCACAUUUGGAUUAGUUAGUGACUAGUGAGGAAGGCCAUCGCCAUGGAUGCCCAAGCCCUGGAUCAUUACAAUCUUCUGUUCUUUCUGUAGGGAAUUAGCAAGCAAAGGAUCACUGUAAUUCGAAUCAGUGUUACACUGACGGACUGAACGAUCGCGAGGAGGCAGCGCUCCUGCCUAUUUCCUAUCCAACCAAAA